AUGCGGCCCGGAGGCCCGGCGGCUCCCUCCGACGGCAGCUCCUCCCAGCCGGGCCGGCAGAGAGCCGGCGCGGAGAUACCCGGCCUGCCCCACCCCGGGCUCCGGCGGCGAGAGAAGACUGAGCGCGCGCUCGGGGCCCCGCCGCCAGGCCGCGUGCGACGCCUCCCGCGGGCCUCGGGGGCCGGGCCGGGCGGGGCCGGGGCCUCCACCCCUCGGGGAGGCGGGCCCUGCGCUCGAGCCGGCCCUCCGAGGGGCCACACUCGCUUCCCCGCGGCGGGGCUCGCCUCGCUCGGGGCGGAGACGCUGGCCCGGGGGCCUGCGGAGCCUAGGCCGGGCCGCGGCCGGCGCUGUCCUCCCGGCGGCCUCUCGGCGCUCGCGAAGCGCCAGGCGAAGAGCGAGCGGCGGUCUGACUCGGAGAGGGAGCCGCGUCUUUGCCGCACGCUCGCGGCCGCCCGCCUGGAGGAUGAGCCGGCAGCCGGGCUGUGGGAAACACCCACGGCGUGCACUCCUGUCUGAGCGGUUUCAGCUCCCUGUCCCAGGACCUCAGUAGCCAGCGCUCCCGAAGGCUGAUUGCUCACUUUGACACGGUAGAGAGGACACUGGGAGGCCAAACAUCAAGGCCCGUGCCAAAAUCUCCCUAACAGAUGAAGUUCAAGCGCCAGUGAACUUAAAAUAUUAAUAAAUUUGUACCAAAAAAAUGGGAUCAGAAGAGCAGGUAAACCUGUAUUGAGAAUAUGUGGACGUUUUUUAAGUGUGGGGAUUUAAUGUGGAAUUUUAUGAUUCAGAGCAUAUUGCUGUGUGUAUGUUUCAAGAUGAAAACUGACAGAAUAUAGAAAUAUAAAUUUUGGAACUAGUUAAAGAACAUCUUCUGAAUGAACAUGAUGAGGAACAAGAAAGAAAAGAGAAUCUAGACAUGAAAGCACUGAAGUAUGAGUCAUCAGAAGAGAAAAAAAUAGGGAAAACAAGGUUUUCAAACAACGCUAUUUUGAUAGAUCUUACAGACUAUGAAUGAUUCACCACAAGCACUCGCACACAAAAGGACUUUCUUGGCUGUGUGCCAACUUGUAGGUAUGGCGUGGAUUCUGCUUUUCAAAGGACCAGGUGCUGAAAAAUGCUUACACUGGUUCAAACAAAAAAUAAAAACUUAACCGUUUAGUGAGCAUACUUUACAAGGCCAAGAUCGUUUCAAAUCAAAGUGUUAAAGAUGUUGCAUAGACAAAACAUUUAGAAAAAUCCAAUCUUUGUUAUUUAAUGUGAGAAAAGGAGAUCGCUUCACUGGAAAUGUUUUGCCUGCCAAAGGAGAGCUAGUUUUUGUUUUAUAAAAAUCAGGAGGCCUUUUG